AACGUGCAAGUUUUUGUUUUCCUCGAAAUUCGUCCAUUUCUCCGCAAUAUCACCAAAUCGAACAGCCCGCAACCACUAAGGCUGGAAAUAUCGACUGGAUCAUCAGUGUCGAGUGUUGAUAAUCCCAACGUCCUAUCUCGUGGGUAGCAAAGCAGAAUACCAUCGUGCGAACAUUGAUUUUGAACUUCCAAAGAUUCAACAAGCCCGGCCAGGACCGCCCUGAGUGGCUCAAGUGUAGAGUUCGUGGGGAGAUUCUUGUUUCGUGUAUUCGGACCCGAUUCCAGCAACCAGCCAAAUGGUGGUUGAGAUGGAGGGAGUCAAGAGCCCCGUCCUCAGGCAGACCUCGAGUCCGCGGGCGACGGAUUUCAGCAUCGCUGCCAUCAUGGCACGGUCAGAAUCGCCUGUUUCCAACAAUGAGUCGCCCUCGCCGAGCUCUUCGCCCCAGCCGUCCCUCCCGUCGUGUUCGUCGCCCGCACCUCCGAAGAAAAGACAACGCGAGGAGGUCACUUCGGCAAACGACGAGGAAAAGACCCCGUCAGGACCAAACCCUUACGCCCCUCUGCUGAGGGGUCUCUGCAAUUCAGCCGCGCUUGAAAAAGUUGAAUGCCAUCUCGAAAACAGAGAUCUCUGGGAACGCUUCAACGAGCUCGGAACUGAAAUGAUUAUCACCAAAACCGGAAGGAGAAUGUUUCCCACUGUUCGUGUUUCCUUCAGUCAGCUUCCCGUAUCCAACGAGCACCGAUUCCACGUGCUGCUCGAUAUUGUCCCAUGCGACAACAAGCGAUACCGUUAUGCAUAUCAUAGGUCGUGUUGGCUGGUGGCUGGGAAGGCGGACCCACCUUCCCCGAACCGAUUAUACCAGCAUCCCGACUCUCCGUACGCAAUCGAUCAGCUCCGCAAACAGGUCGUCUCCUUCGAGAAAGUCAAGCUGACCAACAACGAAAUGGAUAAGCAUGGUCAUAUUGUACUGAACUCGAUGCACAAGUACCAACCGCGUAUUCAUCUGAUUCGUCGGAGAGCGUCGGCAGCCAACAGUCCUAUCGGAAACGUCGAGGACGAGGAAUGUAAGACGUUCGUUUUCCCCGAGACGACAUUCACCGCCGUCACUGCAUACCAGAACCAGCUGAUCACCAAACUGAAAAUCGAUUCGAAUCCUUUCGCGAAAGGUUUCCGCGACUCGACCCGCCUAACCGAUUUCGACACGGACUCCGGUGUAAACUCACUUCUUGGUGACAAUCCUUUCGGCCGACUCAUGGCCGAUCCCGCUGCCCUCGCUUCGCUGCCCCCUGAACUGCUCUCGCAGGCGGAUCCCGCCGCGUACCUUCAGCAGAUGGCCGUCUACGCUCAGCAGAUGGCGAUGUUCGGUCCCCCACCUGCAUUGGGUGCUUCGGCUGAGCUGGCGGCCCAACAGCAGCAACAACAAAUUUACGCGUUGCGAAUGGCCGCGCUCCUGCAGGCGACCCAGCAACAGAGUAUGAGAUCCAGUCCCCCGUUCGGAGCGAACCUUCCCCGCUUCUCCCCCUAUCCGAUGCCCCCUCGGACUCCUCAGGGUCGUUCGAAUCCUGCGAGUCCUAGAGCUAGCCCACCAAUCGAUGUAUGUUCCUCCCCGGUAGCCUCCCCAAAAAGUUCCAGGUAGACUCCUUAGCUAGUUCGAACGAAAGCGGUUCACAAAGAGUUCUGUGUUAGGGACAGAGUCUCGACGACGAUGCCGGAGAAUCCUAUGAGUAGUUCCGAGUA